CUCCCUCUAUCUCUUACUGUAUACACCUAUCUUCCUAGCGAGAGCAUCAGUCUCAUCAGUCCCAGAGAUACGAGCGCUCCUACGGCGCAAAGCAUGGCACCUCUGCGCCCCGAAGAACCGCUCUCCGCUGCUGCGCACCUUUGCGUUUUUCUCUUGACCGCCUCGGCCUGGAUGGCACUGACACUGCCGGGACCCGCGCGCUGUGACAGCGGGGCUUUGUACCAACGCGCCACGGUGGACCGUACGUUUGACACGGGCGUUGGAGUCGGAGUCUUCCCGGGAGACGGCGACGAGGAAGCCGCCGGCGCGGGGAGUUCGCCCCGCUUCAGGAGAGCGCUGUCCCGGGAAAAACAAAUGUCACUGCUCAGCAGCUCGUUCGUGCUCAAAGGGGAUGCGACCCACAACCAGGCGAUGGUCCACUGGACAGGACAGAACAGCAGCGUCAUCCUGAUCCUGACCAAGUAUUACCAUGCUGACUCCACCAAGGUGCUGGAGAGCUCGCUGUGGAGGUCUUCAGACUACGGAACCACCUACACUAAACUCAACCUGAUGCCAGGCACAACCAUUGUGGUGACCAGUUUCUACAUCUGCCCAACCAACAAGAAAAAGGUCGUGCUUGUGGGCUCGUCUAUAAACGAACGGGACCAGAUGCUGUUCAUUAGCACCGACGAGGGUUCCUCCUUCCAGCGACAGUCCAUCGCCUUCACCCCCGACACGCUCGUCUUCCACCCCAAAGAAGAAGACAAGCUUCUCGCCUACUGCAAGGAGGGCAGGGUCUUUGCUUCCACUGACCUCGGCCGCAAGUGGAAUUUGCUUCAGGAGCGUGUGACCAAGGACAGAAUCUUCUGGUCAUUAUCUGGUGUGGAUGUGGACCCGGAUCUGGUGCACAUGGAAAUGCAAGACACAAGCGGAGGUUACCUGUACGUCACCUGCCUCAUCCAGAACUGCUCGGACAAAAUGGUGACGGCUCAGUUCCUCGGCAAAAUCGACCACAACUCUCUGGUGGUGCAGGACGACUACAUAUUUGUCAAGGUCACCACAGGAAAUCGGACCAAACACUAUGUGUCCUACCGGCGCACCGAGUUUGUCCAGAUGAGAUUUCCGAAGUACGCCUUACCAAAGGAUGUUCAGAUCGUGAGUACGGAUGAGAACCAGGUCUUCCUCGCCCUCCAGGAGUGGUACCAGUCUGACACUUAUAACCUGUACCAGUCCGACCCCCAGGGCGUCUACUACUCCAUCGUCCUAGAAAAUGUUCGCAGCACCAAGCAGCCAGAGGAGAACGUCCUCAUUGACAUCCUGGAGGUACGUGGAAUCAAAGGUGUCUUCCUGGCCAAUCAAAAGACUGAUGGCAAAGUGGUGACUCUCAUCACUUACAACAAAGGAAGAGACUGGGAACCCUUGGCACCGCCUACCACGGACAUGAAUGGCAAGCCGGUUAGCUGCAAAGCGCCCGACUGUCACCUCCACUUGCACCUGCGCUGGGCGGACAACCCCUAUGUGUCUGGGACCGUGCACACCAAAGACUCAGCUCCGGGGCUAAUUAUGGGAGCCGGUAACCUUGGCUCCAAGUUAGUGGAGUACAAGGAAGAGAUGUACAUCACCUCAGACUGCGGGAAGACAUGGAGACAGGUUUUUGAGGAGGAGCAUCACAUCCUGUACCUGGACCACGGUGGCGUCAUCGUUGCCAUUAAGGACACCUCUAUUCCUCUGAAGAUACUCAAGUUUAGCAUCGAUGAAGGACAGACGUGGACCGUCCACAACUUCACCAGCACCUCCGUGUUUGUUGACGGACUUCUGAGUGAGCCGGGAGACGAGACCCUGGUCAUGACUGUGUUUGGUCACAUCAGCUACAGGUCGGACUGGGAGCUGGUCAAAGUGGACUUCAGGCAGUCUUUUCCCCGUCAGUGCACUGAGUCUGACUACGACUCCUGGCUGCUCACAGAUCUGCAGGGAGAGAAGUGCAUCAUGGGCCAGGAGCGGAGUUUCAGGAAGAGAAAGGACACAGCGUUCUGCAUCAAAGGAAAGAGCUACACCUCGGCUCUGGUCACGAAACCCUGUCAAUGUGCAGAGAGAGAUUUCAACUGUGACUACGGUUUUGAGCGGUCCCAGAAGGAGGGCGACCGCUGCUUCGCUGACUUCUGGCACGAUCCCGACUCACCGCCUGAAGAUUGCCACCUGGGACAGACCUACGAGUCCACCACUGGCUACAGGAAGGUGAUAUUAAACGCGUGCGAAGGAGGGCUAAACAAGCAACAGAGUGCCAAACAGCAUAACUGCCCUCUACUGCCCCCUAGAGGACUAUGGGUCGGCAUCAAGGGGCAGAUGCUCGCCGUGGUGCCUGGCGACGAUAUAACAUUUAUCGUCCACCAGGAACAGGGCGACACCAGCAGCACCAAGUACCAGGUGGACCUCGGCGAUGGUGUCAGGGCCAUUUACCAGAACCUGACGGUGACUGAUGAACCCAUCCAGCAUCGCUAUGAAAAGCCAGGCAUUUACAGGGUCACGGUGAAGGCGGAGAAUAUGGCCGGGCACGACGAGGCCACCAUGUACAUCCAGGUCACAGCUCCGCUUCAAGAAGUCCACCUGGAAGUGGUUCCCAUCGCAGAAAGAAACCAAGAGGUUAAUCUGUCGGCCAUUGUUCUCCCCACUGAGGCCAACCUGACUGUCUUCUACUGGUGGAUAGGAGACAACCUGCAGCCGACGCUGACUCUGCAGAGCAGCCUUUUGACUCGUUUCCCCGAGACCGGAGAGGUUUCAGUCACCGUCCAGGCCUCCAACGGACGAUCCAUGGUUCAGGAUACCAGGACCGUCCAAGUCUACGAUAACUUCCAGGUCAUCCCUCUGAGCUUCAGCAGGAACCUUGACCACUUCAACCCAAACAUCCCAGAGUGGCGAGAGGACAUUGGCCAAGUGGUCACCAAAAUACUCGCAAAGAUCACAGGUGUCCCUCAGGAGUCCCUGGUUACCGUGGUGAAGCCGGACCUCCCCACCACCGCCGACCUGUACAUUCUCCCACUGAACAGCAAACCAGCCAAGAGGAACUUGUUUGUCGAUAAGCGAAUUCCAGCCAUAAUACAGGCCUUCAAUGACCACAAUGUGAGCUUUGUGGUGCGGGGGGGUCUUCAAGUUCUGGUCAUGCUGGCUGACCCAAAUGCAGGGCUAAUUGCUAAUGACUCAGCAGCUGCAGCAGCAGAGACGGGUUACCACGGAGCAGCUGGAGGUCCAGGAAUUUGGGCUCUUGCAGUCAUUUUUCUUAUUAGCAUCAUUGCCACCGGUUCCUUCAUCUUGUACAAGUUCAAAAGUCCUUGGCUUAGGACUGAGGAUGCCUAUCCCCCGCUGUUUUUCAGGAAGCUCCCGGGCAGCCGCAACGUCUACGCGCAGAUGCACAACGAGAAGGAGCAGGAAAUGACGAGCCCCGUCAACCACAGCGAAGACACCCAGCACAUCAUCCAGGGGGAGGAGUUCAUUGACGACGACCUGGACUCGCAGACUCUAGGUAACGCAGGAGGUAGCCCCGCCUUCCGUUCCCUUAUAAGGACCACUACCACUAACCACUGCUACUAAAACCCAAGCUACUAACACCAGCAGCUAACACGCACCAAGGCAACCAUUCAGGUGUGGUCCUGAGCAUCAACUCGCGAGAGCUACACAGUUACCUAACCAGCUGAUGGCUGCCAUGACAACGCUAACAAGCUAGCCUAGCCUAGCCAGCUAACGAGCACAGGGACUCCACUUUGCCUUCCUCCUACUCUCUCUCUACUUUCUUUUUCGCCUCCGCGGACACUUUGCCUCCACACCACGGCCUCCUCAACCCUUCAGUUCCAGCUUUGGUGAUUUUUUUUUUUUUUCUCCUUGGAAGGGGCGGAGCCUGGUGGAGGGACGUCCCGUUCGACUCCAUCCUUUUCCCUCAGUGUCUUUCUGCUCGAGGACGAGAGAGACUCAGCUUCCCCUCCUCGGCCCUGAAGACCCGUGCUGACGCCCGCUGAAGAUAAUGAUGGUGUCACACCAGGUCACACGCUCUCAUCGGUGUUCCAAAAGAAAAAAAAAAGGAAAAGUAAAUGUGUGUGUGUGUGUGUGUGUGCGCACUGUGUACACAUUUGUAGACACUCAAAUCAUCAACUGUGUGCACUGGUGCACAGUCGGAUUCACAGUGGGAGGGGGUUGAAUCAUUCGUGGCCACGAGGCAGGCGACUGAAAGUGAGUGGUGUCCAAACGCCACUGUGUUCAGGUGAUUUUAAAGGGAUAGUUCUGGGGUUUUGACGUGGACUAGCCUGAGACACAGAGACUCUGACUGAAAACACAAAUUUAAGCAACUUAACAAAAGCCUUUCCUAAUCAAAUCUUUGCCGAUUUAAGCCGUCAGUAAGAUGUUCACCCUUUUAUCUUGUUAUCAAACAGAUUUUUCUGACCUGUUUCCACUGAGAGCGAGUCUCCGUGUCUCAGACGCAGAGCGCAGUGAGGCACCGACCAUGUGUCGGUCAGUGCCUCGUACGAGCACACUUCAAAACUCAUCAACUAUCUCUUUAAAGUACUAAAUGUCUUUUUACUCUUCCCUCCUUUCAUUACACUCUCUCUUGGUUUCUCCCCGUAUUUACUCGACACUCCCUCUCCAAAGGCAAUAAUGUUCCCUCAACGGAAUGUAGGAUUUGUCGAUUUUACCCUUGUGAAUUUGCAAAGGAGUAAUGUGCACAUGCAAAACACAAGAGGGCGGUGUUGCACUCUGUUAAAAGCCCACUCACAGGUACUUGACUCACUCACCUGCUUUCAUUCACACCGUUCUCCUUCAUCCACCCGUUCACACGCGUGUUUCUUAACUUGCACGCGUCACCUCCUCCCGUACGAGCUCGUCGUCUGUCCCACGGUGCCUAAGACAGCAGAGGGUAAUCUGCUCGCUGACCUUUCCUGCUUUCAACUGUAUUUAUUUCUGAUAAUCGCCUGCCCUUUCUUCCUCUUCUUCUUCCUCCUCCUCCUCCUCCUCCUUUUUCUGCUCCACAAAUUCUGGGUGAAAUAAAAAGAAAUAAAAAAUCAUUCCCCUGGAGACAAAGGUCGCCGUCAUGGAGGGAAGGUGUAGUUGAUAUAUUUUACUGUAUCAGCCUAUAUUAGGCGUAGCCCAUGGUGGAAUGGUGUCUCCUUAACGGUUUUGGUUUGUUGUAUGUAAAUGUGUAAAUAUGAACAAUCUCCACUUUGUAUAUAUAUAUAUAUCUCCAUAUAUAUAUAUAUAUAUUACCUUUGACGUGUGUGUGUGUUUUACACGACUACUUUUUUGUUUUGGGGCAGUUUCCAGAAUUUGAGCAGUUUUCAUUCUUUUCCAGUUUCCUCAGCACCGUUGCCUGCUUCACAUAAUAUCCACUUUUCCACGUUUUCUGUGUAACUUGAUGAUUAAGAUAACUUUUUGGUCUUCAUUGUGAACUGGGGAACCAUUUUGUCCUAUAAAGACACUCACAACCACACGAUGUAAACGGAUAUUUUUGAUACACUUCUCGUGUAAACACUGGCGAGUGUUUGGGUUGCCUUUUCUUUGUUUUUGUUUGUAUGAUUGCACUAAUUGUGUGAGAAGUGCCGUCGACACGUACUGGGCAGCUGCACAAAUCGACUCUGACUCUGGAUCCAAAAGGGGGUCUUAGGGGGUGAAAGGCUUCUUACCAGCCACCAACGCUUUUACCGUCACCACGGAGAUCAACCGUCCUGUUUCGUCCUGUGUUUGCCGCAGCAGAUCACGUUCACCCGUUCUUAUUUACACCAUGAUUCAUCUUUUGUACAUAUUCUGCACAUGUUCUUAGUUCUCUAGUGAUGUGUCGUCAUUGUAUCAAUGUCCUCUUAAACAAAAGGGGAAAAUGGGAAUUAUGGAAAUACAAUAUAAUAGUGAAGGAGUUUCACAGAUGAUGGCACUGACCUUGUUUUUUUUGUUUGUUUUUUUGGUCCACACAGUUUUUCUUGUUUUAAUAUUAUUUUCCUCUUUUCUUGCUGUUUGUUUGAUCGCUUGUUUUUGGAGAUAAAAAACAGUUGUGUGUCCUCAUCAGGAAGCAUAGUGCACUCAACCUGCAUCCUGGAAUAAAUCUCUACCAUAACUUGUA